AUGAAUCCAAAAGGCAAACUCGUUGUCGGUGUCGACUACGGCACCACCUUCACAGGCGUCAGCUAUGCGUUUCUAGGGGAAGCUUCUCUGCCGAUUAUCAACCUUGUUUGCUCCUGGCCCGCUCCAUAUGGACAUGUCACUGGCAUCAAAGUCCCAUCCAAGAUAGCGUAUCCUCAAGGUAAUUGCGUGAUUCAGAAAAACAGUUGGGGAUUCCGAAUUGAACACGGGGCAUCCGCCUUUGCCUGGACCAAGUUACUCUUGGAUUCAGGUGUGGAUAUAACCCACUUCAAUGACACGGCUUUGGACGAGGCAACCGCAAUGGGAAUCAUGAAGCUACCUCAGGGAAAGGUUGCCAUCCAGGUUGUCACGGAGUUUCUGCGGGAGGUCUAUGUGCAUACCUGCCGAGAGCUGGAGAAGGGCCUUGUCAAGCUUUGUCCUCCUCUUCGUCUUCGUGAUGUGCAUAUGGAAUUCUGGUUUACAACGCCAGCAGUCUGGUCGGAUCAGACUCGGUUCGAAUACAAGGAGGCUGCUAUUCGUGCAGGCUUUGGGCCAAGUGAUGACAGGCCGGACGAUACCAUCUGCAUGCUUUGCAAGACCAAAACCACCACACUUACCGCUUUCGAGACAAUGCCACUAUGUGGACCCGGAAUGCAAAUCAAACCAGGUGAUGGGGUAUUGAUAUGCGACUGUGGCGGUGGCACCGUGGACGUGACAAGUUAUCUGAUCUCGGAGGUCUCUCCCAAGUUGUUGUUCGAUGAAUUAACUUCGGCCGUUGGUGGUAUGUGCGGUGCCACAGCCAUCGACCGCAAUUUCUAUCUUUUUAUGUCCGAGAGAUUUGGGGCGGCGUUCAAGGACUUGCCUUUUACACAAAAGGCCCCAGGCAGCAAGUUCAUGGACAAUUUUCAGGUGAUUAAGGAGACAUUCUGCUGUUCAGCUGUGGACAGGGUCUAUCGACUUCCCCUGGCCAUGGCCCUCAACAACCCCAACCCCACGUUCUUUGACGCAGAAAAUCAACUCGUUUUGCUUUCCAGCAACGACCUCCGUGGAAUAUUCGAUCCGGUGCUCCGCCAGAUUACGCAGCUAAUACACCGCCAGAUUGAAAGCGCCAACCAGGAGAUUGGCCGCUUCGUCAUCAAUAAAAUUGUGUUAGUCGGCGGCUUUAGCCAGUCCGCAUACCUACGGGAAAGGAUCUCGGGAACCUUUGCCGUCGAUGGCAAGCUGGCCAUACUCACUCCAGCAGACCCGCAAGCAAUGGUCAUGCGCGGCGCAGCGAUUCGCGGACUCGGAGGGCCUCAGCCCACCACGAGAAAAUGCCGAAGCCAUUACGGCUUCGAGCGUUCUCUUUCGGUCAAGGGUGCCGGAACGGUCCCUGGAUUUGCUACCUGGGUCCUUGCCAAGGGGGAGAGAUAUGCCCCGAAUCACACGACGACGCAAGACUUGGUGGUCACUCAUCGCGCAGGGGAUUCACUGAUGAAGAUCAGUAACCUCUACGGCUAUAAUGAUGUGAACCCCCCACAACGAGUUGAUCACCCAGGCGUUUACCUCAUUGCACAGAUCAUGUGUGACUUUGCAAGCGUCGACCUUGCUCAAUUCCCACAGUCUCGGACAGGCGCACAAGUGGAGUAUCUCUUGGGAUAUUCCAUUGAGGUCACCUUUGGCGCCCAGGGUGACCUCAAGUGCAAGGCUGUCUGUCAGGGUCGAACAGUCGGAGAAUCUGCCGUCCACUUUGCCCGAGAGCAAUGGUAG